UAUUAGUCUGUGCCUACUUGACAUAAUGAAGAUUGUCUACUUGUGCAUUGUCAAAUUUGUCAAUUGCGAAAAAUAUUCUGAAUUCUUAAAGUCGUCACUGAUCGUCUAGUUAUAUGGCGAUAGGCAGGUUCCUCCGUCGGAAUCUGGUAAGUGUAACCUGCCCAAUUGUAACAUUGAGUUGCAUUUGGCUGGACUGGAAUCACACUAGAAAGUGGAAGGCGCAGCAGAAGCAAAAUUAAAAUGGCUAUUUUCGGUAUAACAACAAGAUAUGUAUGGGGACUUAUCCCACUGACUGGUUACUUCAUUGGAAAAUUCCUUGAUGAUCAGGAAACACUCAGGAUGGUUAACUUCAGGGACAAGUCAUGUCUGUAUGGUGGUAAGGUCAAAGAGGGUGAUCCACCAUCAUGGCCAUAGUUUUCUCAACUCUGUAGCAAUCUUUACUUAAUAAAUUUAUUAGUG